CGGAAAUCAACACUUCAAGCACGUCACUGGAUGGAUUUGUUUGAUUUGGUUAAUUCGUUCAUCGAGAAAGGCUGUAGCGUUGUUGUUGAUGAAGAAAUCGGAAGAAUCGACGACGAUCAUAAUCCCAAUGACGAUGAAGAUUCUGAUGUGGUGGAGAAUACGAUGAAGGAUUCGCUGAAGAGAUUAUUUGCAUUUGAGAACGAUGAUGAAGCAAGGAGAAAGGCUACAGUAGAAGAUCAAAAGACAUGGCGGCGCGUGAUCGAAACUAACUCAUCGCCGUCGUCGCCAGAUCUAAAAUGGCAGUUGAUGACUCAGCUACGUCACCAAGGUUUUGACGCCGUUCCCCAACAGAAGUCAAUAAUUAAUGCAAUGACAGUCAAUGAGGAAGUGACAAUGGGAGUUUACGGUUUUGGGAUUGGAAAAAUGGUCAUGGUUUCCAACAAUCUCAAACAAUUGUUCAACCAGGGUCAUUGGAUACUGAGGCUGACCGGGGAAUCAAAAAUCUAUGCUUUCUACAACUUCUGCAAUCAUACAUUUUGAAAUUUGGUGAACUUAAUUAGGAAAUUUGGUUAGGAUGUCAAGUUUGAAUUAUUGUCAAGUAAGGAGC